AUGGCGCCACGGCCUCUGGGCCCCCUGGUGCUGGCACUGGGCGGCGCCACGGCGGUGCUCGGCUCCGUGCUCUUCAUCCUGUGGAAGGUUUACUUCGGCCGCGAUCGGGAGCAGCGCUGGGACGGGAGCGAGGCCUGGUGGGGUGCGGACCCUGUCCACCUACCCGAGUGGGACCCCGAGGAUGAGGACGAGGAGGAUCCGGUGCUGGAGGAGCUGGAGCAGCGCGAGGUGCUAGUGCUGGGACUGGACGGCUCCGGGAAGAGCACGUUCCUGCGCGUGCUGGCAGGGAAGCCGCCGCUGGACGGCCACGUCCCCACCUGGGGCUUCAACUCCGUGCGGCUGCCCACCAAGAACUUCGAGGUGGACCUGCUAGAGAUCGGUGGCAGCCAAAACCUGCGCUUUUACUGGAAGGAGUUUGUGAAUGAGGUGGACGUGCUGGUGUUUGUGGUGGACUCGGCUGACCGGCAGCGUCUGCAGUGGGCCCGGCAGGAGCUACACAAGCUGCUGGACAAGGACCCCGACCUGCCUGUCGUCGUGGUGGCUAACAAGCAGGACCUGAGUGAGGCCAUGAACGUGGUGGAGCUGCAGCGGGAGCUGGCCCUGCAGGCCCUCAACAGCCAGCGGGAGGUGUUUCUCCUGGCGGCCAGCAUUGCCCCCUCCGGGCCUGGCUUCAACGAGCCUGGCACUGUGCACAUCUGGAAGCUGCUCCUGGAGCUCCUCUCCUAGGCGGGAGCCCCCUGCUUGCCACCCCACCCAGGACCUGGGCCUGUUGCUGCCCCUGCUGCUUUAUGGUGGCCUGGGCCUGCAGUGGGACCAGGUGGCAGGGCCAAGAACCCUGUAGAAGCUGUCCAGGGGAGGCAUCUGUAGGCUGAAGCAAGAGAGAGGUGGGUCUGAGCUGGGCAGAUGCUCGGAGCUCCGCUUCUGCCUUGCUGCAGUCACGGUGAGGGGUCAGUACUCCGGGAGAUGCCAGGCCUCCCAGUCUCCAUGCUUCCCUCCUGGGCAGCAGCAGCCUUGAGCCCUGCCUCCCAGCCCCACAGGGUCCUCCAGCCCCAGCUCUGCCUGACUUGCCGUGGCCUUGGGCUGUCUCUGCCUCUGCUCCCCGGCGCGUCCUUUUUCAAGCUUUUCCCUGCCCUCCCACCCUGAGAGAAAUGCUGUAACAGACCUGGAGAUCCUAGCACACCGGCUUCUGACCUGCCAGCCUGCCCUCACUAUGGAAUGAGAGGAACUCAGCCACCAGUGAGCAAAACAAGGCCGUUGGUGGUUUCCCAAACCUGGGCGACACCGUGAGCACUCACGGUGCCCGUGCCUGUGCCUGUGUUUACCCAAGUCUGCAGAAGCGGGGAGAGAAUGACUGCACUGUGGGAGCUGGGGUCUGCUUCAUUUAAUGUAUGGACUUAUUUAUGAAAGGAACAGGGCAAAGUGCUAGGCUCUGCUCCGUGAUGCUGUUGUCAAACCCCCAGGUGAGUGUCACAGGAAACAUGGACGUGCCCGAUAGGGAGAUAGCACACUUCAAACUGACUCCAUGUGCCCUGCUGUGAGGGGGUGCAGACCCCACCUGUGUAGACACAGUGACUGGGAGGGAGCCUUCCUGUCACAGGAAUGAAUACUGGGGCGAAAGAAAACCCUGGGCAGGGCUGGAAUAGAGCAAGCCACGGCGGCCUGGAGGGCCUCACAGCCGUCGGGACCCAUGUCUUCUCCAGCAGACAACUGGACAGUGGCCAGCUCCCUGAGGUUCAGAAGCCCCGUGACCCUCAGGCUGCUGGCUGGCACUUUAGUGCCAACAGAGGGGGGAGCCUUGCUGCUUGUCAGGACCCCUGAAGAGGAAUCAAUAGCGACACGAAGGCCUUGUUUUCUUAGCCCGCAGUUUGCGUUUGACUUGAGACGACUUGCCUGCCUUCGACCUGCACCCAGCAGCUUCGGUUCCAUGGACAGCCAGCACAGAGAGGCGCCUGGGAAGUGGGGGGUGGGGGGGAACAUUCCAGAAGUCAGCUGACAAUCAUUGUUGUCAUUACAGAGAUGAGCUAUGGGCUGCCCUGGGUUAUGAAUGAGAUCCAGUCCUGGUCCCACAUGUCACUGAGUUUUGGAGAUAGUGAGAACCGGUGCCUACAGUUCUUAACCAGCCUUACUGUGGUGUCGGAAAUUAGCCCUGGGGGCAUAUUGGAGAAGCAAGCUUCAGGCUGUUCGCAUCCAGAGACGGGUGGUGCGGUGGUUUUUCAAUGAGCUGCCAGCCACAAGGUCAGCAGUUGCAAACCACCAGGCAUUCCAUGGGAGAACUCCCAUGGAACACCCAUAGAGUUGGCUCUUGGUUUGGAAACCUCCAGGAGAAUAUCUGCUCCAUUCCAUAGGGUCACUCUGAGUCAGAAUUGACUCGAUGGUAAGGGGUUUCUUUUGGUUUGGUUGAAUGUAAGGUCAGCAUUCCAAACCCACCAGUCAUGCUGAGGAAGAGAGAUGAGGUUAUCUAUCUGCCUAAGAACUUAGAACCUCAGAACUUUGUAUAGGGGCCCCCAGAGUUGGAAUGGAAAGUCCUCAAGAGGGAACCUGAGGGUAAAGAGUUAAGCCCUUUUUUCAGAGAUGCUGCUGAGUUGUUUGGGUUCUGGAGGGUAAGUACCACAAACAGCACCAAAGGUCCCCAGGCCAAACUUCCCUGUGAUAAUGUAGGCUGCCUGCCUGUGGUUUCACCAGUGGCUGAUGGCCGGUCAGCCAGCGACUCACGGGGCUGCUGGUACCCACCCCAGGCAGUCUGCCACAUUGCCCCCUGCUCCAGGUGUCUUAGGGCACAAGGUGGGGAGGCAGAGGGCAGGGCUGACCCAAAGGACUUGGGGGAAGCUGGGACCCCGUCUUUUGUUAUCUUGAAGAAGCUCUUGCUGCCUUUGGAAUACCCACCUGAUUCUAGAACCCAGAUCACCCGCUCUCGGGAACCAGCAUUCUUAGUGGAGAUGCCUGUGAAGUUCUCCGUCUGCCUGCCAGCGGGUGGGCUGCUUGCUUGUUCAACUUGUGCCAAUUACCCGGGCCUUGGGUGCAGGAGGGCUUUUGUUCUGAAGUACUGAUGUGACACCCUGGCUCUGGAUUUUGCAGUCUCUGACCUGUGUGGGCUCCCGCUCCCGCCCCCCAAGGAGGCCAACCUGGCUCGGGAAGCCGCCUCAUUUCUGUCUGGCUAGAAUCACAGGCUUUCCAACUUGUGCUCCAGCAGCAGUGUUCAGCUAUGAAGAGGGAGGAGGCCGUCUCCCGGGCCCAGUGUUUCUCCCAACGCCAAGGUGAGCCUGGCAAUGCCUGCUGUCUGCCUAAAGAAGUACCAAGUUCCCCACAACGUGGCUCCACUCGCCUCUGGAAGAAACUUCUGCCCAGGCCUAGUUGUGCCCCGACUGCAGACCUGAGGUAUUGGCAGACAGACUUCUGCAGUUGGCUGCCUGCCUCACGGAUCCCAAGUGGUUGUGAUUAAUCAUAGUGCCCUUUCUAGUAUCCUUGAGGACCUGCUACUUCUGGGAGGUGGGCCCGUUAGGGGACUGGAGGAUUCCCACCAAAGAUUCAAAAGUAUGGGGGCUUGCUGGCUCGGCCCAUCCCAAGGACCCAGACCACAGAAACAUGGGAGUGUUUCUGGACAUUUGAGGCACAAAAUAAAUGCCAAAGCUACUGCUCUGCUUUUGGUUUUGAGUAGCUGCAGCUAUGGAAUGUGCUAGAACAUCUUUGGGAACACCUGUUGUGCACCAAAGCCCCAGGUCCCUGGCUGUUGGCUCUAUCAGGGCAGGUUAAUAAGGAACAUCUGUUUAGGCCCUUGGGGUUGUCCACCUACCCAUUCCUUGUAACUUAUUUAUGUUUGGGGGAUGGGGUUAGAAAUAAAUCUGCCUCCACCCCAAAGGUCCGGAUGGA